AUGUUGGCGCUGGGCGUGGAGGGGUCGGCGAACAAGCUGGGCGUGGGCGUGGUGCGCAGCGACGGGAGCAUUCUGAGCAACCCGCGCUGCACGUACAUCACGCCGCCCGGCCACGGCUUCCUCCCGCGCGAGACGGCGGCGCACCACCAGCAGAAAAUUCUGCCGCUCGUGGAGCGCGCGCUGCGCGAGGCGGGCAUAACCCCGGGGGACAUAGACUGCCUGUGCUACACCAAGGGGCCGGGCAUGGGCGCCCCUCUGCAGGCCGUUGCCAUCGUCAUCCGCACGCUCGCCCAGCUGUGGAGCAAGCCCAUAGUGCCGGUGAAUCACUGUGUGGCGCACAUAGAGAUGGGGCGCUGUGUGACUGGCGCCCAUGACCCCGUGGUGCUCUACGUCAGCGGAGGCAACACGCAGGUGAUAGCAUACUCAGAGGGGCGCUACCGCAUAUUCGGGGAGACCAUUGACAUCGCCGUGGGCAACUGCCUGGACCGCUUCGCCCGCGUGCUCAACAUCUCCAAUGACCCCAGCCCCGGCUACAACAUCGAGCAGCUGGCGAAGCAAGGGCAGCGCUACGUGGAGCUGCCGUACGUGGUGAAGGGCAUGGACGUGUCAUUCUCGGGCCUCCUCACGGCAGUUGAGGGCCUGGCACAGCGCGUUGCUGCACCGGAUGCCGUGGGGGAGGAUGGCUACACCGCAGCUGACCUCUGCUUCUCCCUGCAGGAAACUAUCUUUGCAAUGCUGGUGGAGACAACCGAGCGGGCCAUGGCACACUGCAACAAGCGAGACGUGCUUAUAGUGGGGGGCGUGGGCUGCAACAUUCGCCUGCAGGAGAUGAUGCAGCAGAUGUGCUUAGAGCGAGGGGGACGGCUCUUUGCCACAGACGACCGGUACUGCAUUGACAACGGCGCCAUGAUCGCUUACACUGGGCUGCUGGCCUUUCAACAUGGCGGGCUCAGCAUGACUGUUCCUGUAGCAGAGUCUACUUGCACUCAGCGGUUUAGAACCGAUGAGGUGGAGGCGGUGUGGAGGGAAGGGGAGGGGAGAAGGGCAGAGGGGGCGGAGGAGGGGUUGGAGGGAGGAAGAGGAGUUGUGGGAGUGGAGGUUGCAGCACGGGAUGGAGAGCGGAAGCAUGGGGCUGAGAAUGGAGAUGCGGUUGGAAUUGGUGGGAAGGGGUGUGCAGGUGAGCAGGAGGGGUUGGGAGUGGUGGAUCAUGUGGCAGGGCAUUUAGAAAAGAAGCUCAAGGCUGGUGGGGAGGAGAGAAGGCAAGAGAGGGAAGAGAAGGCAGCAAAAGAGGAGCCCUCUCUUAUGCUGGUAGGCUGA